AAUCGUGUCAGUGGCAGACGUGAUUUCAAAAAAGUUUAGACUCGCAAUGCGCGCUCGGUAGUGACACUUGUAGUUAAUAAGUUUAAUUAAACGAACUAGUGAAAAUGUUGGCGGACGGUGAAAUAGUUGGUGAUGGGUCGUGGAACCUCACGAUUUAUGUGACGGAUCUGAACGAAAAACGGACGAUGGUCGUCAAAGGUGACAUGCACAUCGGCGGCGUUAUGCUAAAACUGACUGAGAGCUUUGGUAAAGAGUUCAAGAAAGAUUGGUCGGACCACGCCCUCUGGUGGCCGACUAGAAACAAAUGGCUCUCCAGACCGAAACACACCCUGGACCAGUACGGAGUUCACGCGGACGCCGCCCUACACUUCACGCCCAUGCACAAACCACUAAGAAUCCAGCUGCCGGACUUGAGAUUCAUCGACUGCAAAAUUGACUUCUCAAUUGACACAUUCAGCGCCGUUAUACAACUAUGUAAAAAUCUUGGUAUAAGGCAUUCUGAAGAACUAUCGCUGUGCUAUCCGCUCGAGGCGUCACAUCUAAAACAGAACUAUCAAAAUCUGAAAGAAGCUAAAAGAAUAAAGAACACGCAGGCUCCGGACACGAAUACAUUCAUAGCAGCGACAAGAGGCUCUUCGAAUAGCUUGGAUAGAUCAAAUGGCCCGUGUCCCGCUACCCCGCCCCCGCCGAGGUCACUGUCUGCGACUCCUGUUGCGUCACAACAAAAUGGCACACUUCGUCGCUACGGACAUCACAUCUACAGCACACAGAGCGACGGAUCAAGCGACGGCGGUUACUGCGGCACCCCGCCCCGUGCCGCCUCCAUGGACGCUCUCGAUUCCUUAGCGGAACUGUCCCUGGCCGACUCACCGAUAGAACCGGACUCGCAAUCCCGGGAAUCGUUGCUCUCGCCAAAGUCUCUCCUGGAACGAGCCAGAAUGAAUGUUGGAUGGUUAGACUCGUCACUGUCCAUCAUGGAGCAGUACGUACGUGAAUGGGACACGCUUCAGCUGCGGUUCAAGUUCUAUUCGUUCUUCGACCUGACGCCGAGAGCUCAGGACGCGCCUCGACUCAACCAGCUGUACCAGCAGGCACGCUGGCAGAUCCUCAACCAGGAGGUCAACUGUACCGAGGAGGAGAUGAUGCUGUUUGCUGCUUUGCAGCUCCAAAUCGAGUUACAGACCCUGGCCGGAGGCAGUGCCGAAGCUGCCGACGGCUACGGAGCCAGCGCUGGCAACGCUUCAGCCCCGGAAGACGAGAUCGAUGCUGCGCUCUGCGAGCUGCAAGCCCAGCUGGAGGGUGGACCCCCCGCCCGACAAGACAUCACACACGUCCCGGAACUGGCCGGAUACCUCAAGUAUCUAAGACCGAAACGUUUCACGUUGAAAGCGUACAAGCGCGGGUGGAUAUCGUGCCGCGACGGCGUGCUGCGCAUACACGGCUCGCAGGAGGCGGCCGCGCGCGGCGAGCCCCCCUCGUGCGCCGUCGAGCUGCGCGGGGCGGAGGUAACACCGGACGCUCAUCCGGCUUCUGGUAGAUACAGCAUCAAGUUGGAAGUGCCCUCUGAAGAUUCGAUGCACGAGAUGUGGUUGAAAUGUGAAAACGAGGAUCAGUACGCGGAGUGGGUGGCGGCGUGCAGACUGGGGUCGCGCGGGCGCUCGCUGGCCGACGCGCAGUUCGCGAGCGAGGCGGGCAGCGUGCGCGCGCUGCUGGCGCUGCAGCGGCCCCGCCCCGCCGCCGCGCUCUCCGCGCACGCGCUGCCGCACAACCUGCAGCCGGAGAACUACCUGGCGCCGCGGUACCUCAAGAAACUCAAGUCCAAGUUCACUCAACGCUUGCUCGAGAGUCACGCUAACGUCAAAGACCUACCCCUCCUCGAAGCGAAGCUCCAGUACAUCAAGACCUGGCAGAACCUCGCCGAUUACGGACAGACCUUGUUCGUGGUUCGGUUCAUGGGCCACAAGAAGGACGAGAUCAUCGGCAUCGCCAACAACAGGAUCAUGAGGCUGGACCCGCACACCGGAGAUCACAUCAAGACCUGGAGGUUCAGUAACAUGAAGGCCUGGAACGUGAACUGGGAGAUAAAGCACAUGAUGGUCCAGUUCGAGGAGGACAACAUCAUAUUCUCCGUACAGUCGGCCGACUGCAAAGUCGUACACGAGUUCAUCGGCGGCUACAUAUUCCUUUCGAUGAGGUCCAAGGAUGCCAACCAGACGUUGGACGUUGAACUGUUCCACAAACUGACCGGCGGGUGGACGUAAUAUCUGACAACCCUAUUUUUUUUUUUUAAUUAUGCGACGCUCGUUUUGAGCAUAUACAUUGUUUAAUUAUAUUAUAAAUUUUUUUAUUUGAAAUAUUGCAGUUUCGAAGUGUCCAAUAAAAAAUCCGUCAUUUAUAUUAUUAGCACAGUAGAAACAUUCGUGAAUACUAUUAUUUAAAUUUUAAAAUUAAAAAACCACUUUCGAUGCUAACGCUAAAGUUACAUGCAAAAUACGAGAUACAUCAAAAGGAAAAUAUUAAAACAAUAAAUUAAUGAAUCACAGUAAGUUUUAAUGGCCUUCGGGAGUGCCUUGAGUUAUAAAGGUAAUAAGUAAAAGUAUGAAUGUAGUGUAUUUUUGUACGAAAAAUUAAUUAAUCAAUAUUUACAUUAAGGUCUUAUAAUAUAUUGUAGUUAGUGCUUCCAAAAUUAACGUUAUUUAGCGACCGUAAUCUUAUACCAAAAAUGGUUAUUUGAUGUGGAAGCUAAAUUGUAUGAUGCUUUCAGCCUUCAGAUUAUAAAAAUAUAUAUUUAAAUCUACUUUUGGAAAGCUAGAAUUUAUGGAAACUACUAAAUAUUUUAUUACUAUCAACCUAUUGAAAAGUGCCAUUAUUACGCUUGGAAUUGUCUUGGUGCUUUUGUGGGCUUAUGGAGAAAUUUCUUAAUUUAGACACGAAUAAGGAUUUAUAUCGUUAUUUUAUCAUUGUAAAUAACAUUAGCUAGGUAUUAAAAUGUACACCACUGUUGGUCGUAUCAAUUAUCAAUAUAUAUGCUGUAUACCUUAUUUAAUAAAGUUAUUGACAACUAGUCUCAUCGAGAUCGCAUAUAAUGCCGUCGUAUUUAAAUUAUACAAUACGAGUAUUAACAAUGUAAUUUUGCCUUUAUUGUAAUGUAUAUUGUAAAAAAAAUAUAUUAACGUAUUCACUUAUUCAAUAAUAUAGUGUUUAUAAUAAAAUUAAACUAAUAAA